AUGCACAAGCAUGGCAAGAGCCUUCAAACCAUAGGAAAGCAUUACUCAAUGCUUUCCUAUGGACGUCCAGUGUCUUAUCAAUGUGAUUUUCAGAUUGAUUCAGUGAAGAAAUAAUUAGAAGGUUCUGGCUCGAUUGCAGGUGUAUUUCUUCAAUCCAAAAAUAACCCCACUAAAAGAGAGAUGAUGAGUAUUUACAAAGCAAUGUCGAAGCAGCUCCCGAGACCAGGGACAGCUCUUGUUUUGCUGGAGGCUCAGGCAGCCACUGGCUUUGUCAUUAAUCCAGUUGCAAACACAAAACUCACUGUGGAUGAAGCUGUGGCUGCUGGACUAAAUGGGCAAGAACUUCCAGCCAAACUGCUGUCUGCAGAGAGAGCAGUCACCGGCUAUAAUGACCCUGCUACCAACACCAAGCUCUCAUUCUUCCAAGCUAUGCAGAAAGACUUGAUUGUCAAGGACCAUGGAAUAAGUCUACUGGAAGCACAAAUUGCCACUGGAGGUAUUAUUGAUCCGUUGCACAGUCAUCAUGUGCCAGUGGAAGUAGCUUAUCAACGAGGCUUUUUUGAUGAAGCGAUGAACCAAAUACUUUCUGAUCCCACCGAUGACACCAAAGGAUUCUUUGACCCGAACAUGCACGUGAACCUCAUCUAUCUACAGCUUCUACAGAGGUGUAUCCGAGAUCCUGAAACAGGUCUUUAUAUGUUCGAGGUUACACAGAAAUGA